GAAGAGAACACCACACACAGAGAAAGGUGAAAAAAUGGAGAAGGAAAAGAAAAACUAUGUAGCUCACUGUUUGGUCCUACCUUAUCCUGCCCAAGGUCACAUAAAUCCUAUGCUUCAAUUCUCCAAGCGUUUGGUUGAAAGAGGAGUAAAGGUGACACUGAUAACUGUUAUUUCCAAUUGGAAGACUAUUACCAACAAAAAUCUCAGAUCCAUUGAAGUUGAAAGCAUCUCAGAUGGCUAUGAUGAUGGAGGACUUGAAGCAGCAGAGAGCCUUGAAGUUUACAAAGAUACCUUUUGGAGAGUUGGACCACAAACUCUAUCCGAGCUUCUUCAAAAGCUUGCAUGUUCUAACAACCCUGCAGAUUGUGUUAUCUAUGAUGCUUUCUUGCCUUGGUCUCUUGAUGUUGCUAAGAAAUUUGGACUCCUUGGUGCUGCCUUCUUCACUCAAUCUUGUUCUGUUAACAACAUAUACUUCCAUGCUUAUAAAAAGUUUGUUGAGUUACCUCUUUCAAGGACAGAGUUUUUGCUACCAGGAUUGCCAAAACUUGCAUCUGGGGACUUGCCAUCAUUCUUGUAUAAAUAUGGAUCCUACCCAGGUUACUUUGACAUAAUUUUGAAUCAAUUUUCCAACAUUGAUAAAGCAGAUUGGGUUCUUGCAAACACAUUUUAUGAACUGGAAAAAGAGGUUGUUGAUUGGUUGGGGAAGAUUUGGCCAUUAAAGCCAAUAGGACCAUCUGUACCAUCUAUGUUCUUGGACAAAAGACUCCAAGAUGACAAUGAAUAUGGUGUUAGCAUGUUCGAUCCAAAUAUAGAAGCAUGCAUCAAAUGGCUUGAUGAAAAGCCGAAAGAUUCAGUUGUGUAUGUCUCUUUUGGGAGCAUGGCAGGUCUUAGUGAGGAGCAAACAGAGGAACUAGCUUGUGGUUUGAGAGAUAGUGGGAGUUAUUUCAUGUGGGUGGUUAGAGCUUGUGAACAGGAUAAGCUUCCAAAGGAAUUUCUCGAGACAUCAGAGAAGAGUUUAAUAGUCACAUGGUGUCCCCAACUACAAGUCUUAACACAUGAGGCUGUGGGGUGUUUUCUCACACAUUGUGGUUGGAACUCCACAUUGGAAGCUGUGAGCUUAGGUGUUCCAAUGAUUGCAAUGCCACUUUGGACUGAUCAAAUCACAAAUGCAAAGCAUAUUGCAGAUGCAUGGAAAAUGGGAAUCAAAGCUGUUGCUGAUGAGAAAGAGAUAGUUAGAAGAGGAACAAUUAAACACUGCAUAAAGGAAAUGAUGGAGACCGAAAAAGGAAAUGAAAUAAAGAACAAUGCCAUCAAAUGGAAGAAUGUGGCCAAGAAUUCUAUUGAUGAGGGAGGAAGUUCUGAUAAAAAUAUUGAAGACUUUGUAGCUAAAUUGGCUCAUUGCUGAGUUGCAUUUUUUUUUUUUUUUUGAUGAAGGAGAAAGUUAUCAUGAAGUAGUGUGCUGCUGCCAAAUUUUAAUAUAAUAAUUCUGCUCAGAAUAGUUAUUAUUGGCUUUUUUUUUGUUAGUACAAUAUGUUGGCUGCUUUGAAGGUUACAAGAAAGUGAGGUUGUCAAUUUAAAUUAUUGUGAGAAUUUGUGGGCUUCUGAAUUGGCAUGUCUUUUAAUAUUUCUCUGGUAAGU